CAACCAGAUGCCGCUGGAUUUAACGUGAAUCCAUGUUGCACAACUUUAUGUUUGUCUGACACGAGCCCCAGCUGUGCCGCUGAUCGAUGCUGAUCUGAGGGAUAAACCCUGUUUAUGUGAAGGAUUAGGGCCGAGUGUGCAGUAGUGGCUGGUGUCCGAGAAAAUCUAUGUACCCAUGGAUUGCUUUGACGGAUCUCCUGGGCAGUUCAGGAACUUCAAAAAGGACGACUUUGAGGCUGACUGGAUAAAGGUGGCAGAAUGCAGAUUUGGUCAAGUGUACAGAGCCAAACUCAAACUCUGGCGGGAAAUCUGUGCCCUGAAAUGCUUUGACACAACUCUGAAUGCGAGUAACUUUUACAGAAGAAUACUAGAAGAGAACUCUACCAUAGCAAAAGUGAAAUUCAAGUACAUUGUGUCAAUUUACGGACUGUGCCAUGAAGCCAGUGCGAUGGUGAUGGAGUACAUGAGCAAUGGAUCACUGAACAAUCUUCUAGCCAGUCAUAAUUUAAUGUGGCCGAAGAAGUUCCAGAUGAUUCAUGAGGCUUCCAUGGGCAUGAAUUUCCUCCACAGCAUGAAACCUCCAUUACUGCAUUUUAACCUCAAGACAUCCAACAUCCUAUUGGACGAUCAUCUCCAUGUCAAGAUUUCAGAUUUUGGUUUAAUUCACUGGGAAAAGGGGAUGAACAAGAAGUUGCUCAUGGAGUAUCUGACGGCAAGAGGGAACAUAAGUUACAUUCCUCCAGAGACCUUCACUCAGUGCCCUGAUCCUCCAGGAACUAGCUUUGAUGUUUACAGCUUUGGAAUAGUGAUGUGGGAAAUUCUAACACAGCAGAAAGCUUAUGCAGGGUGCAGUGUGACCACGGUGCUCUUACAGGUGUCACAGGGUAAGAGACCCUGCAUGGAGAUCAUACCUGAAAAGAAGCCACAUGAGUGUGAGCCAAUGAUCAACCUCAUGGAGCAGUGUUGGGACCAGGAUAACAGGAACAGACCUCAGUUCUCAGAAAUUGUUCGACAAACAGAAGCACUAAGUGAAAUCUUGAAGAUUCCUGGACCGAUGCAGUGUCCCAAAAACAAUGAUGAGGGCCAGAAAAGUUUUGCAUUGAUGAUUUCUCCCAUUCAUAAGAUUAAGAUGCCUGACCUUCCCUCAGAUGAUGAAAAUGGCAAAGAGGGCUUUAUUUCUCUCCUGAAAAAGAAAGAUUUUGGCACUUUUAGGCAAUCUGUUAAAAAAGAGCAUUCAGACACACUGUAUUCUGGGAAAAAGAGCCUCCUGCACUACACCGUAGCCAGUGGUGAUGCACAGAGUGUGGAGCAUGUCCUUAGUCUGGGUGCUGACGUGAACUGUACAACAUCCAGAGGUUACACUCCUCUAAUGAUUGCAGUUCUACACAGGUUUCAUGACAUCAUCUCCUUGUUGCUGGAGUAUGGCGCAGCUGCCACAUUAGGAGAUGAGGAUGACUGGACAGCCCUCCACUUUGCCGCGCAGAACGGCGAUGACAGGGCAUUUCGUCUCCUAUUGGACAAAGGAGCUGUGGCAGAUGCCAGGGAAAAAGCCGGUUGGAUGCCGCUCCACCUGGCAUGCCAGAAUGGCCAUGAAACAGUAGUCCGCCUGCUGCUGUCACGGUUGUCAGAUGAAGCAGUUGUGGAACGGGAAGCACAAGGAAAGACGCCGCUCCACCUCGCCUCCGCCUAUGGGCAUCUGAAUAUUGUUAAACUCCUCCUUUUCCAGGGAGCGGAUCCUAACACAACAGACAGUUCUCUCUCCACUGCUCUUCACUUAGCAGCAGAAGAAGGACAUAACAGAGUGGUCAGACAGUUGGUGAAGAGUGGGGCGAACAGUGACAGUGUAGACAGCAGGGGAUACACUCCACUUCACCUGGCUGCUCUGAAGGGUCAUACAGGCAUAUGUAGGCAGUUGUUGUCAAGCGGGGCCUGCCCAAACUCCAGGACCCUGCAGGGCUGGACGCCCAUGCACCUAGCUACCUUAAGGGGACAUGACGCUACUGUGACCGAACUGGUGGGUCAAGGUGGUUGUGUGGAUGUUGAAGGAGAAAAUGGAUGGACUCCACUUCACCUUGCCUGCCACCAGAGCGAAGCGGAGGUAGUGGCUAAGCUCCUGGCAGCUAGAGCUAACCCCAAUGUGACAGAAAGCAGAGAGGGAUGGACCCCGCUUCACGUAGCCUGCACCAGUGUCAGUUUCCCAAGUGUCCUACACUUGAUCUCACAUAAUGCAGAUGUCAAUGCUGUAAACUCAGAAAAGGUGACAGCUUUACACCUGGCUGCACAGCAUGACUGUUUGUCUAUUGUCAAGGCUCUGCUGCUGAAUGGAGCUGACAGGACUCUGCUGGACUCUUCUGGAUCCACUGCGUUAAAUGUGGCCCAAAGGUGUGAAAAAUGGGAAAUUGUGGAAUUACUGAAGAAGGACUGUGAACCAUGACUCUGAGGCCUUGUUCAGACCUGGCUUUGGCUUUAACCUAGCUAAAGGUAGCUAAAUACCUGGGUUCACACAUCAAUGCAUCUGCAAAUACUUGUGUAAGGCUCAGAAGUUAAAAUUAUGUUGAAGGAAUGUAAAGUUUAACAAUGGAGUAAAUUACAGGCAAUAAGUUAAUUCAGGUAUUUGUUAAAAAUGUAUAUUGACAGUGUUUACAC